AUGCACUCGGAAAAUGCUGAAGUUGAGAGUGGACCAAUUCAUAAAAUUGACACCCUCCACGGCGAUGAGGCCGUCAGAGUCAUCGCAGCCUAUGAGGGCGAGCAAACCUGGACUCAGGAGGAAGAGAAGAAACUACGCAAUAAAAUCGACUUGUGGUUGUUACCUGUACUUUGCAUUACAUACGCCUUACUAUAUGCCGAUAAGGUGCUGCUUGGACAGACAGCUCUAUUCGGAAUCUUGUCUGACUUGGGCUUGAAGACGGGGAAUCGUUACUCUAUGGCAUCGUCUAUCUUUUACCUGGGCUUCAUUCUAGGUGCUUAUCCUGCUAUAGUUCUCGCUCAAAGAUUCCCCAUCGAGCGUGUAGCAUCGCUUGUCAUCAUAGUAUGGGGUAUCACUCUUAUUUUAACUCCAGCAUGUCAAGAUUUCCGGGGGCUGUACGCUCAAAGGUUCUUCCUUGGCUUUACAGAAGCUGGUAUUAGUCCGAUGUUUAUGAUGAUUGUGGGGGGAUGGUAUAAAAAAGACGAACAGUCUCUACGUAUGGGUGCCUGGUACUCUUGUACAGGCUAUGUAUCUGUCGUCUCACCACUUGUCAACUGGGGUCUGGGCCAUAUCCAUGGUAGCUUGGCCCCGUGGAACUACAUGUACUUCUUCGCUGGUGGUAUGACGAUUAUCUGGGGCGCGCUUAUAUAUUUUAUUCUUCCUCCGGAUCCGAUCCGUGCAAAAGGAUUCGACGAGAGACAGCGGUUCAUUGCUGUAUCUCGAAUGCGCACAAACAACUCCGGAGUCCGCAACACUCACUUUAAGAAAGCCCAAGCAAUUGAAUUGCUCACAGAUAUUAAAUUUUGGUUAAUGUUCUUCUUUGCGUUUACUUCAAUGUUCGCAAAUGGGCCAAUCUCUACGUUUCAGGCAAUUAUCAUUGAUGGGUUGGGUUUCAGUGGACUUGAUUCGUUGCUCAUCAUGAUGCCCUCCGGUGCAUAUGCUGGUACAAUGAUGUUGAUUACGACUUAUCUUGCCUAUAAAUAUCCCGGAUGGAGAUCUUAUAUUAUUUUCCUUUGUCAGUUAGGCACUAUCACCGCCAGUCUUCUCCUUUGGUUGCUCCCCCGAUCAGCAGUCGGAGGCUUAUUGUUUGCUUUGUACAUCCUCCCGACGACUGGUUCUGCUUACGCUGUUUCUAUGGGACUUUUCCUUGCAAACAAUGCUGGGUAUACCAAGAGAUCUCUCACUUCAUCGGGUUUAUACAUCGGAUACGCUCUUGGAAAUUUCGCUGGUCCCCAGGUCUUCAGAUCGCAGGAUGCUCCGAAAUACAGUCUCGGCUUUGCAGUUGUAGUCGCCACUGCGGCUGUUGCAGCCGUUAUCGCUCUCAUAUAUCGCCUUGUGUGUGCUAGAGAAAAUCGUCGUCGCGACGAGUCCGGCACGUCAGAAGGAUUUGAGCAUGCCUAUGAAGAUGAUCUAACUGAUAAGAUGAAUCUGCAAUUCAGAUAUGUUCUCUAA